GCCCAUUUUCUCGACUUCGCUCUAGAAUGUUUUGAAGAGGUUAGGCGCAGUCCUAGUACAUAAAAUAAUAGAAGGGAUGAAUUUAUAGAGGCCCGCACGGGGGAAGCGAGUGGGAAUUAGAAAUCCAUGACCUCCACUUCCGGCUUCCAUCCUCCUCUGUUCUUCUUCUUACUCCUUAGAGAACGGUUCUUGGUUCCAUUGGGACGCCACAGAGAGACAAAUGGGGGCUAGGGUUUUGGAGGAGCAAGCGUUUUCGAGCUCGGAAGGGUUUGUGAGGCUCGUCGUUUCGCGAUUCCGGCUGGAUCCCCUGAGCUGGAGCUCCCCAUGCGAUCGCGAGACCAAAUAGCAUGGGCUUUCAAUCAACUCCAUACUCCACCUGUAGUACAAUGGAUAUAUAUGAACAUAACCACCAGAUUAGCAUGUGGGAUGACUCCUUCGGAGCUGAUAGCAGUCAGUAUUCUGGUUCAUCAACAGUCAUGGAGGCAGACGUGAAAAUUGAUAGUGGGUUUGAAAAUAUUCCUCAUAGGACUCUAGGACCACCAAAGAAAUACAAUCAGGAAGCUAAUAAGCCUGGAGACAAGACAAAAUUGGAGUUCGAUCUAUCAAAACCAUCAAAACUUUCAAGGUGUUACGACGUCUUGCUCAAAACCGAGAGGCAGCCCGGAAAAGUCGUCUAAGAAAAAAGGUGUAUAUUCAACAACUAGAAGCAAGUAGUAUGAAGUUGACCCAGCUCGAGCAAGAGCUUGAACGGGCUAGACAGCAGGGUGUGUACACUCGUGAACAUUCAGGUGAUUCAUUUCUUGGGUCAUCAGGAGCUGUUGAUUCAGGAAUUGCUGCUUUUGAGAUGGAAUAUGGACAUUGGGUUGAAGAACAAAAUAGGCAUACUUGUGAGCUAAGAGCUGCUCUGCAUGCACAUGUAUCUGAUCUAGAGCUCCGCAUACUUGUAGAAAGUGGAAUGAGACAUUAUGAUGAACUAUUCCGUAUAAAAGCACUUGCUGCCAAGUCUGAUGUCUUCUAUCUUAUGUCUGGGAUGUGGAAGACAUCUGCAGAACAGUUUUUUAUCUGGAUUGGAGGGUUUCGGCCUUCAGAGAUUCUAAAGGUUCUCACCCCACAGCUAGACCCCUUGACAGAGCAACAAUUCAUGGCUGUAUAUAACCUUCAGCAAUCUUCUCAACAAGCUGAAGAUGCCCUCUCCCAGGGACUAGAUAAACUUCAACAAACUCUUGCUGAGACUAUAACCUCUGUUCCUUUAGGCACUUCUAAUAUGGAAAAUUAUAUGGGACUGAUGACAAAUGCAAUGGGGAAGCUGGAGGCCCUGAUAAGCUUUGUAAACCAGGCAGACCACCUUCGGCAUCAGACCCUUCAGCAAAUGUACCGGAUCUUGACAACCCGCCAAGCAGCUCGGGGCCUGCUCACCAUUGGUGAUUAUUUCCAACGUCUCCGUGCCUUGAGUUUCCUAUGGGCUGCUCGUCCUCGAGAACUAGCCUAAACACCUCAAAGCUACGUACACAUCACAUUCUGAGGUGAGUCUGCAACCAUCCAUCGAGCUACAGUUAAUAGCCUGGCAGCAAGGAAGUGCUCUUUGUAUCUCAGUUUCUCUCUGCAUACCUGCUUCUACUAUUUCAAUAAAUGCCUGGAAGGAGACUCCAACAAUGGGAUGGAGAUUCUUGUAAAGUUAAUUAAAAUCCUUCCGCUAGUUUGCUUGGCUUGCUGAU